AUGCAAGCCUCUUCCUUCCUCUUCGACUCGCCCGUUCCCCCGCAUCUCGAUCUUGUGGGAGCUCCAUCUCCACUCUUCCAGGUCCCCCCAACAGCCUCAGCGUCAUCUGCUCUAUACCGCUCCAUCUCCGUACCUCAGCGCAAACGGUGCCGUCAGGGCCAGAGCCAGGAUUACAGUCGUGUGAAUGUACUCCAGACACCUCAUCGACCCCCACCGCUAGCGAAUGAUUACUUCGGGGACCUCGAUGAGACUUAUGAUCACGAGGACCAUGAUAUUCACCGUCCCAGUCGCUAUCACGAUUAUCCUCGAACUCCUCUUGACGCAAGUCUAACAGAAUCUGUUGAUGACUUCCGUCGCAAACGAUGCCGCCUUGAUGACCCCUCCAUGGUCAUCGCUGCCUCGCCUUCCGGUAUAGACGAAAAAGCUUCGGUGCCCGAGCAGAUGGCGACCGAAGCUAGGCCUUUCCGGUGGAGUCAGGCGGUCCUCAGUGUGGUGGAAAAGGUCUGGGACUUUUGUUGGUCUGGUCCGUUUCGCGGAUUCUAUGCUGGUGGUGGUCGAGGCUAUCCACUCGACCUUCCACAGCCUUCACUUGACGAUGACCGUGAAAACCGUCCUUCAUCCACACCCUACCCUAUUUCUAUUCCCCCUCGAUCUUCGUCAUUGUCUCCGACACCGGCCGAAAAACCGACUGUCUCCGUGCCCGGCGAAUAUCCACUGGAAGCUGGAGAGGAAGCCCUCCGCGGAAGUUGGGUCAUAGUCCAAAGCGAAGGCGCGGCCAGCCAUAGCAUGCCUUCUAAUCGUCCCCGUUCACGCAAAAGCCAUGCUCCUCGCCGUGUGGUUCACCGCCGCAGUCCUUCUAGACGAACGCUCAUUCCACAUUCUCCUUUCUCCGCACCUGCAAAGCCACAUGAAAGUCCGGUCUCGGUCGAAACCCAGCGCUACCUUGCCAAACAAAGACGAUUAGAACGCGAAGAGGAUGCGAGCUUACAGCGCUUGAAUCGACAAUUACAGGCCAUGAUCAAAGAAGGCAGGCAAGCCCUAGGAACGCGUGUGGAAGUCGAAGAUGAUAUGGACAUGGCCAAUUAA